AUGACUUCUACUUACGACAACAUUCCCCUCCGUGUUAUCCCUCACGUUGUCGACGAAGUGGCAAGAACAGCCCCUAACACAAAAUGGGUGGAAGUACCGCGAAACAACGACAAUCUGCAAGAAGGUUAUAAGACCCUGACUUUCGGCCAACUAUCACAAGCUGUUAGCAGGAUGGCCCGCUGGAUUGAGAAGACUAUUGGAACUAGCACUUCGAGAGAGACCAUCACCUACAUGGACCGUCAGAACGACAUCAGAUAUAUCUUCGCUAUCAUUGCAUCUCAGAAAACUGGAUACAAAGUUCUGCUUGCCUCAACACGCAAUAGUGAAGAGGGCCAACGUGCUAUCCUCCAGCGUACACAGAGCAAGAAGUUCCUGCACGGACAAAGCAUGCGAGAGGAAGUUCUCGCACUUCAAGAUGAGAGGACGCCCAUCGAAGCUUUCGAGGUUCCUCCCAUGGACUACUUCUUUGAUGGAGAUGAUGUCGAGCACUAUGAGGGUACUGUGAGCAGCGAUCCCAACGAAAUUGUCGCCAUCAUUCAUACCUCCGGCUCAACCGGUAUCCCCAAGCCUAUCUACCUGCGCAAUGGCUAUCUUGCUGUCAUCGACCGUAUUCGAGAGAUUCCCAUCCCAGUAGGCCGUCUAUCGAGAGCACAAAGGUUCGCCGGUCCUGACAGGGCUUUUACUAGUCUACCGUGGUUCCAUGCCAUGGGUUUCUUCAUGGCGCUCAAGUCCAUCUACGCGCAAGGUCCCUUGAUCCUGCCUCCCGUGGGACGCUCUCCCAAUGCUGAUCUUACGCUUGAGAUCCUCCAAGUUGCCAGGCCAGAGUCUGGCUUCUUCCCUCCUGCCAUCUUGGAGGAUGUUGUCGACGCUCCUGAUGGCAUGGAGACACUCUCCAAGUUGGACUUUAUCUUCUUUGCUGGCGCUCCGUUGGCACAAGAAGUUGGCGAUCGUAUCGCUGAGGUCACUCAAAUUCAAACCAUCAUCGGAUCUACCGAAGGCACUUUCUGGGAUAGUUACAUCACCGAAGAUCGUGCCGACUGGGGCUGGUUCGAGUGGUGCGAGCAUACCGGUGCUAUCAUGGAGCCUUCUGGCGAUCUAUACGAGAUGGUCAUCAAGCGUGUGCCUGGCAAUCCUCUUCAAGGUGCUUUCUGGAGUUUCCCCGAGCUCGAUGAGUACCGCACCAAGGAUCUGUACGAGGAGCAUCCAACCAAGAAGGGACUCUGGAAGUACAAGGGUCGUAACGACGACGUGAUUGUUCUCAGUAACGGCGAGAAGUUCAACCCUGUCAUGUUCGAANNAAAAGAUAUUGAAGGCCAUCCUGCCGUCAAAGGUGCUCUGGUAGUUGGACAAGGUCGCUUCCAAGCCGGUCUAAUUCUGGAAGCGAACACCAAGACGGACCCCGAGCAGUUCCUCGAGCAAAUCUGGCCUGCGAUUGAGAGGGCCAACGAGAAGAUGGCUGCUCACGGUAGAGUUUGGAAAUCAAAGAUUGCCAUUGCAAACCCACAAAAGCCGUUUCAGAGAGCUCCCAAAGGCAGCAUCAUGCGACGCAAGACCAAUGAGCUCUACAAGUCAGAAAUCGAGGCUUUGUACUCUAACGAAGGCGUGGCUGAAUCGCUUGGACAGAUCGACGCCAAUGCUGAUGAGGCUACUAUCCGUGACUUUGUCAAGCAAGCUAUUCGCCUUGCUUUGCCUAAGAUCCCCGAGCAGUUCGAUGAUGAAGGCUACGAAGCUGAUCUCUUCUCAUUCGGUAUCGACUCACUACAAGUUCUUGCUUUGGCAAACACCAUCGGUCAUGCUCUGCCCAAGAAUAAAGGCUCGCGUGAUGCCGCUUUCAAGCCUCGCAUGGUCUAUAGCAACCCUACUAUUGACGCUCUGACCAAGGCUAUUAGCAACAUUCUCCAUGGACAGGACGCUAAUGGCACUCCAACCAAGUCGCGCGAGCAAAACAUGGACGAGGUCAUCAAGAAGUACACCCAGAACCUACCUUCACCCGUCGAGUAUAACCCUCGUCCGCAGAACCAUGUAGUCGUUCUCACCGGCAGCACUGGUUCACUCGGCAACUAUCUGCUCGAAGGCCUGAUCACAAACCCUGCCGUGGCAAAGGUGUACUGUCUCAACCGCUCCGAUGCUCAAUCGCGGCAAAAGCGCAGUUUCGAGGAACGCGGUGCCGACCCAGACUUUUCAAAGGUUGUCUUCCUGCAAGCCUCGUUCGGAAAGGAACGUUUUGGUCUCGCAGAAGACGUAUACGCCGAGCUGCAACGCGAUGUCGACGUCUUCAUCCACAACGCCUGGGCUGUGGAUUUCAACAUGGGUCUCGAGUCGUUUGAGGAAACACAUAUCAUGGGUACUCGUCGUGUGAUUGACUUUAGUGCUUCGGCGCAGUAUCACCCUCACAUCGUGUUCAUCUCGUCCAUCGCCAGCACUGGCAACUGGCUCGGCAGCGGACACUCGGGUUUUGUCCCUGAGGUGUUUAUGCAAGACAACAAUCUGCCUUUUGCUCAAGGCUAUGGCGAAAGCAAACACGUGGCAUCCUCUAUGCUGGCCAUCGCAGCCCAACAAUCCAACAUCCCCUCCACCAUUGUUCGCGUGGGUCAAUUGGCCGGCCCCGCAGCAGAAAAGGGUCUCUGGAACCGUCAGGAGUGGCUGCCAUCCAUUGUCGCCUCGUCAAAGGCAAUCGGCAAGAUUCCUCGCACACUCGGCAAUGAAGACAUCGUCGACUGGGUCCCCACAGACUCUGCAGCNAAAAUCCUCAUCGAUCUCACCGCAACACGUCUACGUACCCAACAAGCAGAGAAACUGGAUACUUUCCACCUAGUCAACCCUUCAACCGUACAGUGGAAGCAACUAGUUCCUGCAGUCGUGGACUUUUACGCCUCUGAAGGCUCUCCGAUUGCCAUUGUGGAGUUCGCCGAGUGGCUGAGUGAGAUCAAGGGGCUGGAUGUCACUGAGGAGAAUAUGAGGAAUAUUCCUGGAUUGAAGUUGUUGGACUUUUAUGAGGGACUGGCUGCUGAGGAGGGAAGUCUGCCUAGACUGGCAACAGACAGGACUGCGGAGGCUAGUGUUACGUUGAGGGAGUUGGGUGCUGUGGAUCAGGCGUUGAUGGUUAAUUGGUGCAGGCAGUGGCAGUUUUAG